AUGGCAGAAGCUCGAAAGUCUCGGACGGCCAUUCCUAGGGCUAGCACAGAAGAGCCAGACCACGAUACGAUUACCGAGUCUGGGGAUCGAACCAGAAACACAGCGUCAAGCGAUGUGUAUCCCACAGGAAUUCAGCUGGCGCUGCUUCUAUUAGCGGUAUUUGUGACCAUGUUUCUGGUGGCAUUGGACCGUCUUGUCAUUUCUACAGCCAUUCCCCAGAUCACGGACGAAUUUGGUUCGGUAACGGAUAUAGGCUGGUACGGCAGUGCCUACUUGCUUACGAAUUGUGCCUUUCAGCUGCUGGUUGGCAAGAUCUAUACAUUUUCCAGCGUCAAAUAUACCUGUUUAGCCGCUAUCCUACUCUUUGAAAUUGGUUCCGCGAAGCUCUGUCGCGUUCAUCUUCGGACGGGCAAUCGCUGGCCUUGGGUCAGCGGGGAUCAUGUCCGGCACGCUUGUUAUUAUUGUCUAUGCUAUCCCACUACGCAAGCGGCCAAUCAUGUAAUAUAUCAAUCCAAAUGCUGGACAAGAUCCUAUCCAGUGGCUGACCGACCCGUAUUGAAUGAACACACAUAG